AUGAAACAAGAAGGUACGGGGAAACAGGAGGGUGUUGGGGCGUGGCUGGAUGAGCAGAGAGAUGCAGUCAAGUUGGAAGGGUUUGAGAGCGCGGAGUUGGAUUAUGAGAACUCGGGCAUGAUGAGGAAUGCAGAGGGUGUGGCAGUGAAGGUUGAGUACGAAUCAGAUGAAGAGUUAUAG